AAAGUUUGUGGUCCCGGUUAUUUCUGUUCUAAAUUUUCACAUGUUCGUCUAUUCGUCUUACGUUGACAAAAAGUUCACGGUUUGGUAACGAUGACCUCCAUCAAUAUUGAUAAUGUCAACCUUGUAUAUCAUCGCUGCCGCAGCAGGCGUAUUCCUCCACAAUAUUGUAAGGAAAAAGGAAUUUGAUCGCCAUCCCUUUUCGAUUAUUUUUGCAGUCAUAGCAGUUUAUAUUACACUUUCGAUACUACUCCAGUAUAAAAGCAACAAUGAAAACCUCACAAUUAGACAAGGUCAAAAACUCGCAUUUAAGCUUGUUUCGACGGUGGUAGUGUCGCUAUGGACAAAUAUACUUGUAUAUCGAGCAUUUUUUCAUCCCCUGAGACAUUUUCCCGGUCCAUUUGGUGCUAGACUUUCCAAGUUUUGGAGUUUGGGAAAAGUUAUACAAUCAAAAGUUAGGUGGUACCAGGUACUUGGUGAUUUGAAAGAGGAGUAUGGGGAUUAUGUUAGGACAGGUAUGAAAUGCAUUGUGCAUGUCCAGGGAAACUAAUUUGACUACGAAUUGAAGCUGACAUAUUUGCAAGGACCUCGUGAACUUAUGAUAUUUGAUCCUGCAGCCAUUAAUUUAAUUCUUGGCUCUUCAGCCAAAUUACAAAAGGGUCCAUUUUAUGGCGCGACGACGCCACAAUCGUUACAUACGACGAGAGAUACUGAUUUCCAUAGGAAAAGAAGAAAGGUUUGGGAUAUUGCUUUUAAACAGUGUAUUUGCUUUUCUUGUCCCGUUUGUCUCGGAAAAGCAUCAACUAACAAUGACAUUUUAGCCCUCACCGACUACGGACCCCGCAUCGAAGAAUUCACAACAUCGUUUCUUUCCCGUCUUUCUGAAAGUGUAGCUACUCCACUAGUCAUCAAUGAUUUAUGUAUUUAUUACAGUUAUGAUGUCAUAAGUGCAUUGGGAUUCGGUAUUUUCACGCGGUUUUUAGAUGGAAAGCAAACAGCCGGAGUCAAGAAUAUUUUAGAUAAUAUCCAAAGAGGCAUGAUCGCUAUAGGACUUCUAGUCCAUGUUCCAUGGGUUUUGACGAUUCUUGAGACGUUGAGUGUUCUCGGGGGCCCAAUGAAAGAGUUUAACGACUGGUCGGCAUGUCAAGUAGAAGCGAGAAGACAUGUUUGUAUUUUAGAUGCGAUCUGUCAAAUUUCGGUGCUAAUGCUCCCACAGAUGCAAAAUCCAAAACCAGACAUCAUGGGUCAUCUUAUUGAACACACUGAAAAUACACCCUCUGGCCGCGCUCUUCUAAAUGCCGACUCCCGCGUAAUUAUAGGAGCAGGAAGUGAUACUACCGCUUCAACACUUUCGGUCCUCUUCAUUCUUCUUGCCAAUUAUCCACAAUACCAAGCUCAGCUUCUCGAAGAACUGACAUCGAUAUUCAAGGACGAGACAUAUAGUAAUUUAAGGACCUCGCCAUUGCUUGAUGGUAUCAUUCAAGAAGCCCUAAGACUGUAUCCGUCUGUUACCUUUACAUCUCAAAGGGUCAUACCUAAGAAUGGGAUGAGUAUUGGGACAGUAUAUAUACCUGGUGAUACCGUUGUUAGUAUUGCAACCUGGCAAAUACAUCGCGGUAAGUUUUCUUCUUUUUGUCUCCUGCACUUUUCCCCUUUCACACUAAUCCACUAACCCUGAAAGUCUAGACCCUCGAAAUUUCAAGGAUCCAAAACAAUUUAUUCCUGAGCGCUGGACGACUCGUCCGGAGCUCGUUCUUAACAGAUCUGCCUACCUGCCAUUUUCAAUGGGUGUAUAUAGUUGUAUUGGGAAAGGGCUCGCGAUGAUGGAACUACGUUCCGUGAUUGCGAGAACGAUUUUUGAGUAUGAAGUGCUGUUUCCGGAGAAUACGAAGUUCAAUGAGAAGACGUUCUUUAAAGGGAUUAAAGAUCAUUUCACAAGCGGGGUGCCGAACUGUGAGUUGGUAUUUAAGAGGAGGUGACUUAUGAUUGAGUGGCGAAAGAAUGGAUAAGCAGUGAAAGGGAAAAUGGUGAGAUGAGCAGGGGGACGGAGUAUAGUUUUGUAUAUUUUAGGAUGAUAUACCGCGAUCAUCAAAAACUUUCGUAAGAUCACAUACUGGUGACAGUAAAUACCAGAGGAAAAUCGUCGCAAUUAGGUAUUAUUAUGAGAGCAAUAUUCUAGAUGAUAACGAUGAUCCCGCUAUCCUCCUGAGCUCUACUCCA